UAAUAAGGUGUAAAUAAAUGCACAAGCCUCUUGUCUAAGUUCAUGGUAUAUGUCUAAGAAAAGAUGAGAUGAUGAUCCUUCCUACAAUACAACUUGUCUAGUGCCUUAAUUAGUUCCAUUCCCAGACCAAAUCUCUCCUCAUUGUCUCCAUACACAGUUUCUGAAACUUUUUUUUCUCUCUGCUUCACUACACUUAUUUAUACUUCACCAUUUUCUUGACCUAAGAAAGAACUAUUAGGCUAUACUAAAAAUGAUAAAGCAAAGCAAGAUGGCAUUGUGCAAAGGAAAGCGAUCUAAGCGUCCUCGGGCAUCACCGCCCCGGGUGGCGGUUUAUUCGAGCUCCUCCGGGAGCGGUGACGGUGGCAGCAUGUUUUGUCCUUCAUUUGAUCAUUCUCAGGCAAGUUCUAGCAGCCAGAUAUCCACCGAAGAGGACGAGGACGUGGCACAUUGUCUAAUUCUCUUGGCACGUGGCGGUCCUAAGGCGGCGAAGAUUAAAACCGCCAGCACGGCGGCGGUCAGCGGCGGUUACGAGUGCAAGACAUGUAGCCGGAGAUUCCCAUCGUUCCAAGCCUUAGGUGGGCAUCGAGCAAGCCAUAACAAGAAACAGAGCACAUCGGAUAAUCAAGAAAGCCGCCAGAAGGACGGCGGCGCCGGAAAAACAGAGGACAUGAGAAGUAAUAGGAUUCACGGGUGUUCGAUUUGUGGGUCGGAGUUCUUUUCCGGCCAGGCGUUGGGUGGUCACAUGAGAAGACACCGGCCGUUACAUAUGAACGGUGUUACUAUUAGUACUACGAAAGCCGCCGCGUCCACCUCCAUGGAUGACGAUGAUCAUGAAAAGCCUGCAACUGGUUUUACCCUCGAUCUUAACUUACCAGCUCCACGCGAAGAUCAAGCCGGUGAUGAUGAUGAUGGUAAUUCCAUGUCAGUAAGUUCUGUCUUCUCCGGGCCGGAUUCGUUGGAUUGCCAUUACUGAUUAAUUAAUUUUAAUUAAUGUAGGCUUAAUUAAUAUUAUGUGGAAUAUUACAGUAGAAUGUAAAUAGAUGGUAGGCCAGUCCAAGUUAAAGCAAUGUAAUUUCUGCAUACGUAUGAUUUUUUAAUGUUUUGUGAUACGAUUGUA